UCUCCAAUCAACGACUUCUUACAGACGAUGCCUUCGUAAACAUAAGCUUCUCACUGAACUGUAGCAAGUUAGAUACGUUCCGACUUCGAGCCUAAGUGGUAAUAACGACUCUCCGACGGCAUAGAUUUCGUCGCGAUAAUAAUCAUCAUGUCUGUAGGUCAUUACUCCGUCAUCUUGAUCGUUCUUUGUACAAUUCCAUGUUUUUUUGCAACGCCAUUCCUAAUGAACUUCCAAGAAUAUCGCCGGUCUGUGAAUGAAAGUUAUGAGCCGCAAGUUACAGAUAAAAAGGAGCAAAAUACUGUUGAUCGACUUCUUAAACAAAUCGAAAUACACGCUGAUUCGAUCAGUGUAGACGAAGACUCGCCUCCACAAAUCGUUGAUACUUUGUUUAGCUCGAUUAAACAUAUUGAAAACAAUGGCUCUAAAGGAUUCGACGGAAUAUCUGUUAGACGGAGACGCAGCGGUAAAUUAGGCAUACAAGGAAACAGAGCAAAGUCUGCACGUCGACAUGGUCGUAAGUGGCCUAGAAUGAACAAUGUGUAUUUGAACAUUUCGACAAUGAAAACAUUUCCGUACAAAAAUGCCGUACGUGUCGGAGCUUCAAUUUUCCAAUCGCCGGGUUGCACAGGCUAUUUGCUAGACAAUCGACACGUUUUGACCGCGGCACAUUGUAUCCACGAUGGUAAAAACUUUUCAAUACAUCUACGCAGCAACAACAUGCGUGUAACUGCGAUUAACGAUAGACCCGGUAAAAUCAGAUUUAUCAUCUAUAACAUUACAAAUGCACGUGUGCCCACAGGUUGGUUAAAACCAACUUCGUCUGCCGUCGGUGGUCACUGGAAGAACUUUGACUACGCAAUUCUAACCCUAUCAACAAACAAUCGUCCAGAGUUAUCGACAGGCAACGACGUACGCUUCGGCAUGCCCAAUUACAAAGACGGAAUCGCUACAGUCAUCUCAUACACUUGGUACCGGCGGAGUUUUCAACCUGUUAAAACUACUUGUAAGAUUCCUAAAAAUGGUUUCUCGCAAUCAGGCAAUCGCCUAAUGACAAAAUGCAAUGCUGAGUUGGGCAGCUCUGGUUCAGCCGUCUUUAUGAACACCAUUCGAGCUGGAGACAUAAUCGCAGGGAUUGUAUCGCACAGAUACGACACUUUCGAAGUUAUUAACAUUUUAACGUCUGCCAAAGUUGAGAACAUUUGCUCAAUGAUUGCUGGUGAUCUUUCGCAUAGAGAUAUACCUACGAAGCUGCCCACAACUUGCCAGAAGAACGGCUACAAAAAACACCAAUUACUUCGAUCCAACUACGUCUCAUUUUCAGGCAACUUAAGGUUUCAUCGGCAUUCGCAAAGACGAAAACAAUAAUUAGUUAAAACGUCAACUUAAACGAGAUUUGCGGGGUUUUUGACCAACCAGAGGAAAAUUGAGAUUCUUUCAUACCAUGUUGAAGUCCCACGGACUGGCUAGGCCUAAUUGAUACAUCGAUUGCUUUUAUUUAUCUUAAUCUUAAUCUUUUAAAUAUGUUUAUUUAAUAUAUUUAUUUAUUUAAUAUAAUUAUAUAUUUAUUAAAUUAUACAAGUAUUUGUUAAAUAUGCUAUACCGAUUAUUUAUAUAUAUUUUUUUUAUUUUUUAAGAAAUGCAAUAGAUUAAGCUUACAAAAAACAAUUCUAAAACAAGAAAAACUAAUAAUCUAAGCUAAUUUAAGAAGCGAUACUAAUAGUCGUAUUAGCAGACCAGAAACAACUGUUCCAGGAUACAGAUAUUUCAGCCUGGCCUUCGCUGAAAAGCAAUA